ACCCGUAGACCGGAAGCGGUGGUCUCGUGACAGGAACUUGAAAAACAUAUGGAAGUGGGUUGUUUUUGUCUCACAGCCAGCUGUCAAAUGUAGUCUUAAUCUGCUGCGUAGUCGUCCAAACUCUACAGAUAGCCAUCGUCCGAGCUCAGUUUUUUCGGCUUGCUCGUCAUCAUGGUGGAGCACACGGCAUCUGACGUGUUCUGCAAUCGGAUGCUGAGCAUGGUCAACUCUGAGGAUGUUAACGCCAUCAUCCAGGCUCAGAGACACAUGCUCGACCGCUUUGAGAAAACCAAUGAAAUGCUGAUCAACUUUAAUGGGCUGUCUAACGUACGCCUGCAGCAGAUGAACGAGCGUUUCCUGCUCCACACUCGCACCCUUGUAGAGAUGAAGAAAGAUCUGGACAGCAUCUUUAGAAGGAUCAGGACACUAAAAGGAAAGAUAGCUAAGCAGUAUCCAGAAGCUUUCAGCAACAUCCAUGAGUCGCCCAUCUCUGAGGAAGAUGACGAUGAAUUUGACCCAGUUCCCCCAAGCAUUGCCACAACUACUACAACAGCCACCUCAGAGCAGAGCACAGAGUCAUGUGACACAAGUCCAGAUGUGAUCUCGCCCACUGUGAGCAGAUGCUCUGAAGAGCUCUCUCAGGAGCCACCUGACACGCCCACCUCUGACUUCCUAGAGACAGCUGUCCUGCAGGAUGAGGGUCCUGACUCAGUCCCCGCAGAAUAGCGAACAGUUAAUGGGUCACUUUAAACUUUUUUUUUUCUUUCAGGAAGACUUGUUGUAUAAUUGCAUGUGCACUUGCCACUGUAAUGUUUGCCGUCAUUUAUUUGUUUGAUGUUUUGAGGUGGCUUUGCACUGUCAAUGAGAAAGAUGCUUUUUUUGCCAUACAUAAUUGUGUCGUGCCUGCAUAGCACCACAAUAAUGCAGAAAAUACUUGAACUUGUAUAAUACACCACUGUAUAUCUGUAUGUGUAUAACUAUACAGUAGACCUGAGCAAAAGCCUGUCUGUACGAAGAAGUUCUCAUCAUGUCAACAUAAAUAACAGAUACAAAAUCUA